AUGAAACCUCUUAAGUUCGUCUUUCCUAGAUUGUUCCAGCUAAGUGCUAAUAAGGAUGUUUUUAUCGGUGAAUCGGGGAAGUGGGUUAAUGGGAGCUGGGUGUGGGAUUUGAAGUGGAGACGGGAGUUCUUUGAUAGGGUGUCCGAGGCGGCUAAUGAGUUAUUGUCUAUCAUCUCUAACUUUGCUCCAAAUGCAGGAUGUGCUGAUGGAUGGACAUGGAUUGCAUCUCCGGAUGGCCAGUACUCUACGAAAUCAGCGUAUAUCAAGGCAACCAGAAAUGAGACCACAAUGUCAAUCAUAAACAAGGAGACGCUUGCGAGGGUAUGGGAUACACCUGCUCCCCAAAAAGCAAUUGUGACAACAUGGAGAAUCUUGAGAAAUAGAUUAUCAACAUGUGACAACUUGAGGAAGAGGAACGUCCCGUUGGGAGAAGAAGAGCUCAAGUGCAAUGCGUGUAUUCAUCAAAAGGAGACGACAAACCAUUUUUUCUUGCUAUGUCCGAAGAUCUAA